AUGGAUUUUGCCAGUCUACGGACAAACAGUGUUGAUAUCCUGGGUGAAGACGGUUUCUUCCGGCAUGCGCGUGUGGUGGAUGUGGCUGAUAACGGGCUCUUCAUUGACUUCCUCUGUCCCAAACGACGACGUGUGCGUAUUCCUUAUGAUCAGGUCUUCCUGGUUAACUCACAGCAAUUGCUUAUGUGUUCGGAGUUAAUCAGCGCGAUCCCUGAAACAUGGGCACCGAUCCCCGUGGCGGUACUGCGGCGAGACUCACCCAAUCAGCCAUGGAUUUGGAAAGCGGCAACGGUGAUUAGCCUCGUCAGCCGGAUGCGUCGGAACGCUUACGAGGCUUUUGUUGUACAUUGGGGGGAGGGGCAACAGCAAACCGAUGUCGUCCACGCCUCGCGGAUCCGCUGGAGAGUCUCGGAGAAGUGGUGGGCGGAGCACGGUGCAGUCCGCUGGGUGCCCGUGCGUUCGCGUCCCGAGGACUGGACCAAUGCAAGCGACUACAUGGCGCACUUCCCGACCCGCAUCCAGCCGGGCGAUUUUGUCAAGCGCAGUGUACCGUUGCCGCAUGCGUGCGAUCAACCCGCCGCUUUACUCGAACGUCUGUGUGGGUACCAUCGGAAUCUGGUGUUUGUGAGCGUGGACGUCGCGGAUGGACGGUUGUGGUAUAUUGUGCGGAAUAUUGACCGGGCGUCACUAGGCGUGAUGGGCGCGCUGAGCAGACUCUCGAAUCGCCUUAGCGGGAUCAUUCCGUGGCUUUUACUGCCGGAUGUUGUCAGCAGCAUUACGGACUGGGAUGAGCUUAUUCUGGAUCUUUGGAUGGGAGUGUUUUCCCAUUUGGAUUCUGCCCGUCAGCAUCUACUGCGAAGAACGGCAGACAGCGUUACAAGGAUCAUGGACUGCUAA